UUUUUUUUUUUUUUUUUUUUUUUCUCUUUUUUUCCCUGAUAUAGCUGUAGGCGGUAUAUACAUUCAUACAUAAGAAAUCUCGGAUACCCAAAUAUAUGCCGAUAGCGUUGCUCUACAUAUAUGGAUAUGGAUAUAUGCGGAUGGGGACAAGGAAUGUGCAUUUGUGCGAGGUGCGUGUGGGUGUAGAUGUGGAUGUGAUUCGAGCGGGUGGCCGGCUGCGCGGCAGUUAUGAUGGCUGGCUGGCUGAGUGGCUGGUUGGUUGGUUGGUUGAUGGACAAGAGGACGCGUGAGAGGCGGGUUCUUGCUUGUUCACGUGUUGUGCAUACCUUACCCUGUCUGUCAGCCUUAUGAUAUGGCACGGGGAUUAACGAUUGUCA